AUGGAACAACCAACGAAAAAAGCAGUUAUUCCAUUUUGGAUUUUAUGGAGUGGAUUAAUUGUAUUAAAUUUAUUUAUAUUAAUUGUCACAAUUACUUCAGCAUGUUUAUUAGGAAAUGAAAUUGAUAAUGUUUUUGUAGAAAAAGAAAGGUUUUUAAAUUCUACAAAGAAAUAUAUGUCAUAUUAUAAUACUAUGACUGGUAUUGAAAAUCAAAUUAAAGAUAUUCCAUCAUGGGUAUAUUCAGCAAUUGCAUUUUGUGAAGCAUCAUAUAGAAAGAAUGGACUUGAAAAAGGAUAUUUAGAAAGUGAUGAAUAUGUAGGAUUUGAUGAAGAAAUUUUUUAUUCUACAUUAAAAAGACUUUGUCAAGAAAAGAGUAAUAAAUAUUGUAAUGUUGUUGAAAAUAAUGGAUCACCAGAAUUAUUAUAUUAUUUAUAUGAAUUAUUUGGUAAUGAAUUAGUUAAAGGAAUAUCUCCAAGAGGAUAUGUUUCUGAUCUUAGUAAAAAUCCAAUUAAAUUUGAUAUUACUGGAAUUCAUUCUGUUUAUACUAAAUCAAAUGUUACAAAAUUAAUGAAAGAUUCAGGAUUACCUUUAACAUUAUCUUUUGGUACAUUUAAAAGAAGAUAUUCAGUACCAUGUUCUAAUUCAUUUGGAUAUGUAUGUCCAAAUAAUUUACCAAAAGUACCAUGUCCAUCAUCUUUAGGAGGAGAUUGUGUUGUACUUACUUUUAAUCCAUAUUCACAAUCAGGUGUUUAUGAUUAUUUAGGUGAUUUACAUUAUAAUAAAAAACAUAGUGUUUUAGUAGUUGGAUGGAAUGAUGAAAAAAGAAUAGACAGAAGUUGGGGAAAUGAUUUACAUAAUUUCUUUGAUGGUGGGUAUAUUGUUAAGAAUAGUUUUGGAUACCAACAUGGUCACUCAUUAAAAUAUUGGCUUCAACAACAUUCUAUUAAAGAAGAAAUGCAAAUAUGUCCUAAUGUACGUUCAUUUGAACAAUGGACUCCAUUAGAUGAAGAUUGUAUUAAUAAAUAUUCAUAUACUGAAUGUUGUAAUCAAUAUAUAAAAAGAGGUGUUAAGAAAUAUAUCAAUGCAACAAUAACUCCUUUAAUUUGUGAUAGUAGUAAAGAUGAUAAAUAUCAAGGAAUCUUUAAAUGUGAUACAUCUAGAAUUUACUUUAUAAAAUCAAAGAAACAUUCAUUUGGACCUUACAAAUCAUAUGGUACACUUGAUAUUACACCUAUUAAUGGAAUUAAUAUGUUUACAAUUAAAUUACUUUCAUUUAAGAGAGAUAUGACUGACAAACAAACAAUUACCAUUCAACCUACUUGUCCUGAAAUGCUUGAAGACAUUUUUAAGGCUUCAUAUACUAAAUCAGAUGAAGAAGCUACAACAAAUACUGAAGAAUGUGGAUAUGAUUUCAUUCCAUUUAAGGUAUUAGAAAAGUAUAAUGAGAAUUAUGUUGUAGAUGGAUUACAUGCACCAGCAUUCUCUAUUUUUGAUAUUAAAUGGGAUGAUCAAUCCUAUCUCAACUCACAUACUCAAGGAAUGGAUUAUUCAGCUAUUCAAUCAGCAACAAAGAAAGUAUACCAAACUGUCUUUAAAGGACCUUAUGAUAUGAAUUAA